AGUCUUCGUUCGACCGUCAUCCGAGUUGGAUGCGCGACUUGUGCGGCGUAGUUCUUGUACUGUGUGCUGUGCCACCAAGAAGUGUAGCUGUUGAGCAUAAACUCUUUAAAAAUUCAACAAGAAAAUCUCCCACAAAGUAGUGAGAUUUUUCAAGUGCAAAGAAAGUUUUGGAAAAGUCGGAAAAGUUUUUUGAAAGUUCUUCGGGUGUUGGUGGUUGUGCAAGGAGUGUGAGUCACCCAUCAAAGUCGCAAAAAGUGUUUGGAGUGACAAUUUCUAUCGGUUUGAGGUGCCCAAAUCAAAAAUUCAUUCACCAAUUCGGCGGUUUCCAUUAACAAUUCAAGCAAAGAGACCCAGGUGGAAGUGCCGUGGCGGGCAAUUUCGGGCGGCAAUUGCGGAAUUCUGGGUGUGUAAUUUGCUCUCACGUUUAAACGAAUUUGCAACUUCCGAAAAAAGCGAGCGUGAGCUUGGAAUAGAGCAACUUCAGCAGACGCUCAACCCACCACACCGUGCGCUCCUUGGGGAGUUGAUGGGUGGAGUUUGAAUGGAGAGGAUGCGGUGCAGUGUUGGUGGAUUUUUUGCAAUUUUAUUAAAAUUGCUGUAAAGACGCGGGAAGUUGCCAACAAAGGAGCACAAGGAGCAAAAGGACUCAUCUCCCGUGCUACGCUUAUUAACUUUUGCAGCACUGUUGAGCUUCGAGACCACCCUCUCUUUGCCCAACUUUUGAAGCAACUAUUUUGUGUGACGUAAUUAAGUAGACAAAGUGGAGGCAUAUGCACGAGACUACCAUCUACGAAUAAAGCACCAAAUUACUCACAGUCAGCAACUUUCGCAAGAAAAGGGGGUUUAAUUCUCCCCCCAACAUUGGUGGUGUGGAAACGCCUUCGUGUGCUCUCCUUUGGUGCAUCGUGGGCAAAAGUGGGUGAACUUUCAUCACGAGACUAUUGGCCCCAUUUUGCUAAGCACAGCGAAAAUGCAUUGGAAUUAGUUUAGUGUGCAAGAAAAGUUUCUCCAGUGGAAGGAGCCACCACAAGGCCCCAUCCGUGUGUGGAGCUCCGUGGAAGGGACAUUUUUCUCACGAUCAUGACACGCAAAUUUGCAACAUUUCUAGUCAUUGCCAUUGUGGCUGUGGUGCCAAUUGUACAAAUUGGUGCCGAAUCACGAGACCCUGUGAACGGCCGUACGAGACAUCGUGGCGUCGUAUCGACGUCUCAGGGGAGUCGCGUGAAAAAGAGCGGGAAUUCCGGUGGUUCCGGUGCAUCGUCAUACCCGGAUUCACCGCUCAGUGCAUUUCUACCACCAGUUUCGACGCUUCGUGAACGCAAACCCAACAUUAUUCUCAUUCUCACGGACGAUCAGGAUGUGGAACUGGGCUCGCUCAAUUUCAUGCCACGAACACUGAGGCUUCUACGUGAUGGAGGCGCCGAGUUCCGGCACGCAUACACAACGACCCCCAUGUGCUGUCCAGCAAGGUCCUCCCUUCUCACCGGCAUGUACGUUCACAAUCACAUGGUGUUCACGAACAACGACAACUGUUCCAGCACCAUGUGGCAGUCAACCCAUGAGACCAAAUCAUUCGCCACGUACCUCUCAAAUGCUGGCUACAGAACGGGGUAUUUUGGUAAAUAUUUAAACAAGUACAACGGAUCAUACAUACCACCUGGCUGGCGUGAAUGGGGUGGCCUCAUCAUGAAUUCCAAAUACUACAAUUACAGCAUCAACAUGAAUGGCCAGAAGAUCAAGCAUGGCUUUGACUAUGCCAAGGAUUACUACCCAGACUUGAUAGCCAAUGACUCGAUUGCCUUCCUGCGGCAGUCGAAGCAGCAGAAUCAGAGAAAACCAGUGCUACUCACAAUGAGUUUCCCGGCUCCACAUGGACCAGAGGAUUCUGCACCGCAGUACAGCCAUUUAUUCUUCAACGUCACCACGCAUCAUACUCCUGCUUACGAUCAUGCACCAAAUCCUGACAAACAGUGGAUUCUGCGAGUGACACAGCAAAUGGAGCCUGUUCACAGGAGAUUCACAGAUUUGCUCAUGACCAAGAGAUUGCAGACACUGCAGAGUGUUGAUGUGGCCGUUGAGAGGGUUUACAAUGAGCUGAAGAACUUGGGCGAGCUGGACAAUACCUACAUCAUCUACACUUCCGAUCAUGGCUACCAUUUAGGGCAAUUUGGGCUCAUCAAGGGCAAAAGUUUUCCAUUUGAAUUCGACGUUAGAGUUCCCUUCUUAAUGCGUGGCCCAGGAAUUGAACCAGCUACUGUGGUUGAUGAGAUUGUCCUCAACAUCGAUUUGGCGCCAACUUUCUUGGAUAUUGGCGGUGUUUCAACUCCACCUCAUAUGGAUGGAAAAAGUUUCCUCCCAUUGCUUCUGGGCAGACAUCGGGGUAUUAAGGAAAAGUGGCCAGAUACCUUCCUGAUUGAGAGCUCUGGACGUCGGGAAACACCAGAACAGAUUGCUGAGGCCAAGGCCGCAAAAGCAGCUGCAGCAGCAGCUUUGAAGAAUCGUGGAAGGGAGCUUUCCCUGAAGCCAGAGCUGUGGUCUGGAGAAUCCACCACAAAGGGUCAGAAGGACACUACUCCUGAACAUCACAGAGAUUUCCUUGACUUUGGAUCUCAUGAAUUCGACGAGGAAGACGACGAUGAAGAUCCUUUCAUUGAAGAGAAACUUGAGGAUGAGGAAAUUCUCCCACGAUCCUUGGACAGUCACUAUGAGGAAAAUCCUCAACAUGAUCAGCUGGAUAACAAUCUUCCCGUUGGUCCAUUCUUGUCCAAAAUAGCCAGAUUAAAUUCCGAAUGUUCAGACCCGAAUCUCCACAAAGAUUGCGUUCCAGGACAGAAGUGGCGAUGUGUCAAUGAGGAUGGAAGGUGGAGGAAGCACAAGUGCAAGUUCCACGUUCAGUGGCAGACUCACAUGGCUGAAUUGAAUCGUAUUGCAGCCAACCACAAUAAGAGGAAUUGCGCCUGUUUCGUUCCCAAUGGUGUGGUGUAUACGAAACUCAAAGCAAAUCAUGCUAAUAAGGACUUUCAUCAAACACGAAAGAGAAGUUCUCAUUUCUUCAGCCGUCAUAAGAGAUCCAUUGAGGAAGAAUAUGUGGCGAAUGAUAAAGUUCCCCGAAUGAUGAAAGAAUUAAUUCGCAUUUCAAGGAAUGUUGCUGAAAUUCAGGAUUCCCUCAUGAAACCCCAUGAGAGCCACAGAAGGAUAAAAAGGGAUGAAUCAAUUGACCACAUUAGCUCAGUUAUUGAGGACAUUCAGAAGAAUCUCGAUAAAUUGGAAGCAAGUCUCCUUGAGGAGAAUGAGAGCAUCAAAGCACUCAAUCAGAGUGCCCAGAAUUCCAAGAAAGUUGCCGCGAAAUGUUUUAUUGAAACGAAUGGGAAGGUAAAUUGCUCAGACAUCAUUUAUGAAGAUGAAAAGAGUUGGAGGAAGAGCCGUGUGCAGAUAGAUCUCCUGAUAAAGGUGCUGAAGAAGCAAAUAAAUGAUUUGAGGGACAUUAAGAAGCACCUGAAGGAGCAUAGACCAAUCAGCAUUAAGGACUACGAGGAAUUUGAUCAGAUCUCUGGGGAGGAUGAUUUCAGAUCAUACGAUUAUGCAAAGAUUCAUUCCGGGGAGAGACAUCACAAGCACAAGGAGAAUAAAUCUCAUCAUAUUGGACAUGAAUUCCGCAGAAAGCCGCAUUUGCGUAAGGAGAAGGUAUCCAAAGAGGAGGAGGAUGAGGAACAGGGCCCACUCAUUGAUAUGGCGUGGUACACAACGGAGAGGAAUGAGAUUCCUUCGGAGAGUAGUGUGGACACAUCCAUCGCUACAGCUACUCACUUGGAAUCCACAACAAAGCAUCACAGGCAUCGUGGUCAUCAUGGUAGGAGGAAUUCCACGAGGAAGCAUAAAACGGAUGCUUCAUCGGCUGAAGUUUCUUCUCCCAUUGGAGGACGCAGGAAAACAACACCAAAGAUACCAACAACUACUACCCAGAGACCUGAAAAUACAUCCCAGAGUAAUCAUGAAGAUUCCCACGUGGACUAUGAGGAAGAAAUGAGCAACAUUCCCAUUUUCUACGUGGGCAAUGAUGCAAGCACAACGGAAAAGACUGAAACAACCGCAGAAGAGACAUCUCCGGAUUCCAGCACAACGGAUGCUUCAUCAACAUACCGGGAGGAAUCACUUGGAUCGAGUUCAACAACAACUGCCAGAGCAGAAGGGAAGCAUCACAGACAUCACCAUGGUCAUCCAAUCAAUCGAACACAUGCUCAGGAGAUUUGGGGGAAGAAAGUGGAGACAGGGAGUGCAGCUGAGUGCUACUGUGAUGAUAACAUUGAAGAAAUCAUUCCUGAUGAGAGGGAGCUUGCUCGUGAAGCCAGGAGGAAGCUCAAAGAGGAGAGGCAGCGAAAGAAGGAGAGGAAACGCAACAAGAAGGCUCGACUGGAGAAAGAAUGUUUGUCGGAGAAGAUGAAUUGCUUCAGCCACGACAAUGAUCAUUGGCGUACAGCUCCCUUCUGGAAUGACCAACCAUUUUGCUUCUGCAUGAAUGCCAACAACAACACCUACUCCUGCCUGCGAACUGUGAAUCCCGUCAAGAAUAUCCUCUACUGUGAGUUUACAACAGGAGAGAUCACCUACUACAACCUAAGAAUUGAUCCCUUCGAGACGCAAAAUAGGGCUUCAUCUCUCAGUGCUGAAGAAAAAACACAACUCCAUGAGACUCUGGAGCGUUUAAAGAGUUGCCGAGGGAAGAGCUGUACGCUGCCCAGGCAACAUGCACCAGCUCUCAGUGAUACCGGCUUCCAGUCGACUUCCAGGACAGCGAGGAAGAGAGUUACUCACUCGGGUUUACCCACAUUGCCAGAUUACGAAGAGAUCGGUCAGAAGAGACGCACCAAAGCACAGAAUAAGAAUGUAAAACGAAGAACAUGGAUUCACUCAGAGACUCCACAGACGAGAAGUCGCUCCCGACGUCGUCCAUGGAGCUUUGACGAUAUCUACAACUAAAAGCUUAGACGAGGAUCCAACAGAGUGAUCUGAUGAAUGUUUAUGAACUAUGCAAAAAAUAUGUAUUAGAUCGUAUACUAUAGAGAAAAGCUAUUGAAUGAUUUCAUAAAAGAAAGAAAAUUCUCCAAUCCGUGAUUUUUUCAACUCAAUAUUUAUUAAUAAAUGUGAAUCUUUAGUUAGGCAAAUUUGGAUUUAAAGAAAAAUAUUGUCGAAAUAAUUUUUAAUUUAUAAACUUUCAUGCUUUAAGGAAAAUCAGAUAAAACAAGCUUCUAUGGCGUAAUAAAAUGAUGGAAAAGCUAUAUGAAAUAAAUUGUAGUCAAAUUCUCGAGAUAGAAUGUAAGGAAUGAAAAAUUAAACAAAAAAUUAAAGGCUAAAAUUAUUAAUAUAAAUAAAGAUAUUUAAAAAAAAAUUAUUUAAACUAGGAAAUAUUUUUUUGAAUUUUGUUGACUUUGUGUAUCAAUUUUAAUUUUAUUGCAAGAACAAUUUGUUUCUUUUAUUAGACAAGAGUCACGAGAUUGACUUUGAAUUUGCAUUAAGUGGAAACAUUACUCACAGUUUUAGCAUUAAAAGAAAAUGAUUAUUAUAUAAAGAAAAAAAAUAAGAUUUAGUGAGGCAGACAGGCAGGAAGAAAGAAAAAAAAUGUAAUCUGUAAUAUUGCACAUCAAAUAGAGAAUGAUGAGGACAUAAAA